GACGUUUCUCGACAACUCAUUGUGCUAUUCUUGGAGCUCAUUGGCUGUAGUAUAAUCCCACAAUCCCUUGCAUCCUUCGUGCUCGUGUUUAUCAGACUUCGUUCUCAUUUCAGCCGCGUGCGUGCGCGUUUUAGUCACGUUCGUGUUUACGCGCCUGCGAUUUUACGUACAUUAUGAACUUUGUGUUUGUAUCGUCACAUGACUUUCUAACAAAAUCGAACGUUCUUUAAAUUUACAUCGAAUUUUCUCGUGUUUUUUAUUGAAAUCAUUUGGAAAUGACCGACUCAUACGAGGAAGACGAGAACUUUGGCAGCUACAGCAUGGUUGGUUCAUUCCCGAAAGAUUUCUGCUAUGAACCAGGAGGAGAUAAUGAAGACUAUAACACAGCACCGAGUGAUGAAAAACCAAGAAUUUUACUUAUGGGCCUGAGAAGGAGUGGCAAAUCCUCAAUACAAAAAGUUGUCUUUCACAAAAUGUCUCCAAAUGAAACUUUGUUUUUGGAAAGCACAGCAAAAGUUGUAAAAGAUGACAUUUCAAACAGUUCCUUCGUACAGUUCCAGAUUUGGGACUUUCCAGGACAGAUUGACUUUUUUGACCCAGCUUUUGAUUCAGAGCUGAUAUUUGGAAACUGCGGAGCCCUAGUGUUUGUCAUUGAUGCACAAGAUGAAUAUAUGGAAGCCUUACAGAAACUCCAUUCAACAGUUACGAGAGCUUACAAGGUCAAUCCAAAUAUCAAAUUUGAAGUUUUCAUUCAUAAAGUGGAUGGCAUAUCAGAUGACCAUAAAAUAGAUAUUCAAAGGGACAUACACCAAAGGGCGAAUGACGAACUAGCUGAUGCUGGUUUAGAAAGUUUAUAUUUAAGUUUUUAUUUAACAAGCAUCUAUGACCAUUCAAUAUUUGAGGCAUUUAGCAAAGUUGUUCAAAAACUAAUUCCACAACUGCCAACACUGGAAAAUUUACUGGACAUACUAAUUUCGAGGUCUGCAAUUGAAAAAGCGUUUCUUUUUGAUGUGGUUAGUAAAAUCUAUAUCGCCACAGACAGUUCUCCUGUGGACAUGCAGUCAUAUGAGCUAUGCUGUGACAUGAUUGACGUUGUCAUUGAUAUAUCCUGUAUUUACGGACUAAAGGACGACGGGGAGGGAAGUGCCUAUGAUCAAGAAACAUUAUCAACGAUAAAAAUGAACAACACAACAGUCCUUUACCUACGGGAAGUAAACAAAUUUUUGGCAUUGGUUUGCAUAUUAAGAGAGGAAAACUUUGAAAAACGAGGUCUAAUAGAUUAUAAUUUUCUCUGCUUCAGACACGCGAUACAAGAGGUUUUUGACGUACGGAAUAAUUCCCUCGAGAGUGGAGCCGAGUCCUCUAAUUCACGCGUCAAUGGUGCAGCCAAUUCACACUUAAAAAGUCGGGACGAGUCUGUCGUGGUGUGAGCCUCAGAAAGAGAUAUGUUCAGAGAACACUUUGAUCCUAAUUUAAUUUCAGAAACCUGAGCAGGCAACAACUAUGUUUUUGCCAUAUUUCUUUUUAGUUUUUCUCCAGGUAAUUAGGGCAAAAAAAAGUUGUUUUGUGUUCCUUCAAACACUGAAAAAAGUAUCUCCUACAUUGAUUUAAAUGAUGCACAUACAGAAUUAGUGAACUAAAUAACUAAUAACUAUGGUAAAAUGAUUACACAAAUGGAUACUAAUGAGCAUAGAGUAUUGCACCCCCAAAAAUCAUGGUUUCACCCCUCAAUUAGGAUGGCUUUGCUAGUCCUUGAUGAUAGACACAAUCUUAAAGACUUUAUAUUGAAAUUAUGUCUUAAGUACUGUCAAUCAUAGUAUAUAACAUGUAUUUUUUAAGAAAAGUGAAAUUUUGUAAAAACAAUUUUGUUUGGGUAGUCCAAAA